ACGGAAGAUAGUUAUUGAGUUUUUUGUCUAUCAUUAUUUUUUAAAAUAAUAAAUAACGUGGAAAUUAACACAUCAUGUUUAAAUUUCUACAAAAUUUAGCGCCAAAAGAUGAAAAUCAAUUGGAAAAAAGCGCACCAAAGAAGAAAAUAAGCAAGAAACGCCAAGCAUAUGUACCAGUUUACCUUGAUUUACCAGAAAUGUCUCUCGUUCAACCAAGCGGUGAUAUGUCUUCCAAAAUUCGUGAGGAAUUGCGUGAACCAGAUGCUGAUACCAUUGCAAAGGACAUUGUCAUCAUCCGUGAGUGGCUCGAUAAGCAGCCACAUUUGCCAAAAGACAUGGAUGACCAACGUCUCACCACAUUCUUGCGUGGGUGCAAAUUCAGCUUAGAGAAAGUCAAGCAAAAGCUUGAUAUGUACUACACCAUGCGUAACGCAAUUCCCGAAUUCUUUACCAACCGUGAUAUUAAUCGUCCAGAAUUAGGCGAAAUUAUGGAUAUUGCUGAUAUGCCACCAUUACCAGGUCUUACACCAGGCGGUUGCCGUGUUGUUUGUCUCAGGGCUGUAGAUCGUGAUAAUAUGCCAAAUAAUGUCGCUGAUGGUAUGAAAUUAGCUUUGAUGAUCGGUGACAUUCGAUUGUAUGAAGAGAAAACUGGCGUUGCCGGUGAUGUUUACGUACUUGAUGCUAGUGUUGCAACUCCAACACAUUUUGCUAAAUUCACACCAACUCUCGUUAAGAAAUUCUUAGUUUGUGUUCAGGAAGCCUAUCCAGUUAGAUUAAAGGAAGUUCAUGUCAUUAAUGUUUCACCACUUGUCGACACUAUCGUCAACUUUGUCAAGCCUUUCCUCAAAGAAAAGAUUCGUGAACGUAUCCACAUUCACAGUAACUUAGAAGAUCUUUAUAAAUUCGUUCCAAAAGAAAUGCUCCCAUCUGAAUAUGGCGGUAAUGCUGGAAGCAUUAAGGAUCUCAAUGAACAAUGGAGAAACAAAAUUAAGGACUAUACCCAAUGGUUCAAGGACCAAGAAGCAUCAAAGGCUAAUGAAAGUCUCCGUCCAGGCGGUGCUCGUGGGGAAACAGAUCUCUUUGGUGUUGAUGGCUCAUUCCGUCAACUUUCGAUCGAUUAAACGAAUUUCAAAUUAGUGCAUUAACACGUCCUUCGGAACGAAUUGCACAGACUUAAAAAUGAACAAUUUUUUGUGUUACGUGAAACCUUCUCCGAUUUGCAUUCAGUUUGCUUUGUGUUGAGUUUUUCCUUUUUUUAUUAUUAUUAUUUUAUUAUUUUUUUGGAA